AUGACAGAGAAGUGGGACGGGAGUGGCACUCUGGAACUGGAAGUGUUGGCGUAUUACGGGAUGUUCGGUCUGGACUUUGUAAUUGUGGCGUCGUUUCGGGGUUGGUCGACGGAGAUUGGUCCCCUGGCACAGAUUGAUCGUAGGGUCCGAUGUGCAGAGGAUCUUCUAGACGGAGAGGUGGUUCGUGCCCGGAAGAGGAUGAAACAACAUGAAAGGAAGACAGCCAACGCCCGACUGCUGUGUGUGGCCGUUUUAGCAGCAGGCCAGAGCAAUGACGAUGAAGAAAUGUUGAUUCCCUGA